UCAUCGUCAGAAAACAAGCAGGAGCUUUUCGCAGAAUACCGACGGCAAAAGAUUGAUCCGGCCGCAGUCGCUCGCUUAGAGCGUAAGAAAGCAGAUGCUGAACUUGAGCUAUCUAAAAUUGAGGCUAGCGAGCAAGGCGAAGACUUUGAGCGGAAACGGGCUUGGGAUUGGACGAUCGAAGAGACUGAGAAGUGGAAUGAGCGGAUGGAGAGGAAGAAGCAGGCGAAACAGAACUCGGUUCUUGCAGAUUUUUCGCUGGCGGCUGACCGUGCAUAUCAACGAGAGCUGAGGGACCUCCAACCCGACAAGGAGGCAUAUCUACGACAGAAAACCAAAUCCAUCGAAAAGUCAGGCCAGAUAGUUGAGGGCGAAAACGGCAAAUUAAUAGCGGUAGACGGCGACAGAUUCGACAGCGCACAUUCGUUGGAUUUCACAAGCAACAAACCACCAAAGGAAGCCGUCGAUCGAUUGGUGAACAGUAUCAAGAAAGCCGAUCAGCAGCGCAUGCGGAAGGCUCCCAAGACUGCGGACGAAGAUGGCGCGUUGGCUAUCAACGAGAAGAACAAGCAUUUCAACAAGAAACUGUCACGGUAUUAUGACAAGUAUACAAAGGAAAUUAGGGACUCGUUUGAGCGCGGAACCGCUCUGUGA